UCUAUUUUUUUUGUUUUCUUUGCAGCUAAUAAUUAUAUGACAUAUUUACUAUGAAUGGACAAAAGCACAAACUUUGCACAAAACUCUCCAGCACAUAUCUGAGAAAAUGGUGGUGCACAAUUGGCGUCUCCGUCAUCUUACUGAUCUUGGGCAUCCUGGUGGCCUGUCAGUUUUAUGCCUUAAUUAAUACGGUCAUAAAUUAUCAGGUGGCAUUGAGACCGGGUGGCCAAACCUAUGGCUGGUGGGCAAAGCCCCCAGUAGAGCCCAGAAUUUCCGUUUACGUCUACAAUGUGACAAAUGCCAAUGAAUUUUUGAGUAAUGGCAGCAAACCGAUUGUCGAUGAAGUUGGACCCUAUGUUUAUACUGAAUCCUGGGAAAAAGUCAAUAUCGUACAAAACGACAACGGCACCCUCACCUAUAGUCUCAAGAAAAUAUAUGUCUUCCGUGAAGAAUUGUCAGUGGGUUCCGAUGAUGACGUGGUCAUUGUUCCCAACAUACCCAUGUUGAGUGCCACCUCUCAGAGUAAACAUGCUGCAAGAUUUUUACGUCUAGCCAUGGCCAGUAUUAUGGAUAUUUUGAAAAUUAAACCCUUCGUCCAAGUAUCCGUCGGUCAACUACUGUGGGGCUAUGAAGAUCCCCUAUUGAAAUUGGCCAAGGAUGUGGUGCCCAAGGAACAAAAACUGCCCUAUGAAGAAUUCGGUUUGAUGUAUGGCAAAAAUGGUACAUCGGCGGAUCGUGUCACUAUCUUCUCGGGCGUUGAUGAUAUCACCAAAUUUGGCAUUAUCGAUAAAUACAAUGGCCGUUCCCAUUUGCAACACUGGCUCACCGAUGAAUGUAAUGUGUUGAAUGGUACCGAUGGUUCGAUUUUCCCACCCCACAUUACCGAAGAUCGUGUCUUGCAUAUUUACGAUAAGGAUUUGUGCCGUUUGAUGCCUUUGGUAUUCGAAAAGGAAGUCAUCACGAAGGGUGAUGUUAAGGGUUAUCGUUUCUCACCACCCACAAAUGUUUUUGCUGAUGUUAACUCCAAUCCCGAUAAUAUGUGCUUCUGCCCUGCCGGACAACCUUCAUGUUCGCCCAAUGGAUUGUUCAAUGUUUCGUUGUGUCAAUAUGAUUCUCCCAUUAUGCUAAGCUUCCCCCAUUUCUAUUUGGCCGAUGAUAGUUUGCGCACAGCUGUCGAAGGUAUUUCUCCACCCGAAAGAGAGAAGCAUCAAUUGUUCCUUGAUGUGCAACCUGACAUGGGUACCACAUUGAGAGCCCGUGCUCGUGUACAAAUCAACUUGGCCGUCAGUCAGGUUGUUGACAUCAAACAAGUUGCCAAUUUCCCCGAUAUUGUCUUCCCCAUUCUCUGGUUCGAGGAGGGUAUUGACUAUUUGCCCGAUGAAAUUACCGAUUUGAUGAAAUUCGCCACAACUGUACCACCCAAAAUUCAGGUCAUCCUGACCAUAGUAUUCUUUGCUGUGGGUGCUUUACUGCUGUUGAUUUCUGUGUUCUGUUUGAUACGCAAAUCCCAUCGACAGAGCACCUUACAUUUGGAGGGUUCAAAUUAUUUGGCCACUGCCCAGGUGGAUGCACAGAAGAAAAAGACAAAAGAACAAAAACAAAAGCAUUAG